AAAGUAAUAAAAAGUUAUAAAGUGACGUAGUUCAAAGAAUUUGGAUUUUAAUAAAACUUAAACGAUGAUAUCCAUUUUAGAUAGGGAACCGAUUAUAGUUUUAGCUAGAAAUUAAACCUACUACUCCUAGGAUUAGGAGUGUGCUGCUUCUCUAUAAAAACACUUCUAUACCAUAAAAAAAAAAAAGCUUAAUCAAGUUUUGAGAAAAAAAAAUAAUGGCAGCUUCACAGUCAGAGAUUCUGAACAAACUUGACGAUGCUAAAACUCAGCUGUACCACUUGAAAGCGGUAAUUAUUUCAGGAAUGGGGUUCUUUACAGAUGCGUAUGAUCUGUUCUGUAUUUCAUUGGUUACUAAAUUGUUGGGCCGCAUUUAUUUCCACGAGGAAGGAUCUUCGAAGCCAGGUAGUUUGCCUCCGAAUAUUGCUUGUGCUGUUAAUGGUGUAGCACUCUGCGGAACUCUUGCGGGACAGCUUUUCUUUGGAUGGCUCGGCGACAAGUUAGGGCGCAAGCGUGUCUACGGCAUUACUCUCAUACUUAUGGUGGUCUGUUCUAUCUGUUCUGGCCUGUCUUUUGGGAGUUCUCCCCAGGCUGUGAUGGGUACUUUGUGUUUCUUCAGGUUUUGGCUCGGUUUCGGUAUUGGAGGUGACUACCCACUUUCUGCAACAAUCAUGGCUGAAUACUCUAACAAAAAGACUCGCGGAGCGUUUAUUGCUGCUGUUUUCGCUAUGCAAGGGUUUGGAAUUCUUUCCGGUGGUAUGGUGGCUAUGAUCACUUCGGCGAUUUUUCGCGCUGUGCAUAAGGCGCCGGCUUAUUCUGUCGAUCCUGUUGGUUCCACUGUGCCACAGGCUGAUUAUGUUUGGCGGAUAAUUCUGAUGCUUGGUGCACUUCCUGCUAUUCUGACAUACUACUGGCGCCUGAAGAUGCCUGAAACCCCUCGUUACACUGCUUUAGUCGCCAACAAUGCAGCGAAAGCUCAUCAGGACAUGUUGAAAGUAAUGGAUAUUGAAAUGCAACCUGACAAGGAAACAACCUUAUCAGAGAAUACUAAUACAGUUCCUGACAGAAGCAACAGUUUCGGUCUAUUCUCUAAGAAAUUUCUCUCCCGGCAUGGAUUACACCUACUCGGAACAGCAAGCACUUGGCUGUUGAUUGACAUUGCAUACUACAGUCAGAAUUUAUUUCAGAAGGAUAUUUUCAGCGCAGUCGGUUGGCUUCCACCAGCGAAAUCAAUGAGUGCACUUGAUGAGCUUUUCAAGAUUGCCAAAGCGCAAUUCCUUAUCGCACUCUGCGGUACAGUUCCGGGCUACUGGGUGACCGUCGCCUUAAUCGACGUUAUUGGUCGAUUCACAAUUCAGUUGAUAGGAUUCUUCUUCAUGACCGUCUUCAUGUUUGCUUUAGCUCUUCCAUAUCACCACUGGACUCUAAGUGGAAAUCACAUAGGUUUUGUAGUUAUGUAUGCACUGACAUUCUUUUUCGCAAAUUUCGGGCCUAACAGCACAACUUUUAUAGUACCAGCAGAGAUUUUUCCUGCCAGGUUUCGAUCAACAUGCCAUGGAAUAUCAGCAGCUGCAGGGAAAGCGGGAGCAAUCAUCGGAGCGUUCGGAUUCUUAUAUGCUUCUCAGAAUCAGGACCCGUCCAAGACUGAUGCAGGGUACCCUACCGGAAUCGGAAUGAAAAAUUCACUGAUAGUUCUUGGUUGCAUUAAUAUUUUAGGUUUCUUUUUCACAUUUUUAGUUCCUGAGCCUAAAGGAAGAUCAUUAGAGGAGAUCUCAGGAGAAGAUCAAGUUGAAGCUACCUGCUAAAUAGUAGUGUUUUUUUUAUUUUUAUUUGGAUUAGAUAGAUUUUCCUUUUGAUUGAAUUUUUGUUUAAGCGCAUAUUUUUUAAUCAUUUUUGAGUUAGUUAAUGAGUUUGCAAUGAUUAAGACU